AUGGCAGACGAUUAUAAGUUUAUGUGCCCACGUCCGCGGAGCUCCAAAGCUUGUGAUGCAUGUAGAACGCGGAAAAUCAGGUGUAUACCUAACGAGAAAGGCGGCGGGAUAGACGCCUGUCGAAGAUGCGCAAAGCUUGGAUACACAUGUACAGUCAACGGAAGUUUCCCUUCAUCAACUGCAAACCGAUCCAAUGAUCGAGUUGUGAAGGCUUCUACACACCAUGGCGAUGAUGUUGUCUCAGGACUAUUUCGAAGCCAGCCGAAAGCAGAAGAAGACGAGGUAAUGCAGCUGCGCCAACUGCAUCGCGGUGUAUUGCAAGGCCGGAAUCUAGGCGAAGAUCCUCGUACCCUAAUAGAUAACCAAUCCAGCGUCGGUGAUACUGUGGAUUGUAAUUCUAGGUCCAGCAAGAUCAGCCUGAAUAUGAAUGAUGCCGAACAGCUACUACUGCAGUUCAGACAGCAAAGAGCAUACUUCCCGUUCAUCGAAGUGCCCGAGGGGACCACAGCGGCGUUAAUGGCACCAUCUCAACCCUUCUUAUUACUGGCUAUUCUGACUGUAUCCUUGACGCGGAAGCCGCUUCUGCAGAAGAGGUUGGAUGAACGAUUCCGCCGUGUGCUAAGUGAAAGAGUUAUAUUCUAUGGUGAAAAGAGCAUGGAUUAUGUUCAAGGUCUACUGGUUUAUAUGGCGUGGCGUCCGUUACAUAUCCGACCGCUUAGUCGCCAGGGCUCGCAGUUCAUGCAGAUACUUGUGACUAUGAUAUCUGACUUGAAGCUUACGGAAAACAUGCACGAUCAAGCUGCUCGAGACAUCUGCCUUGGGUGUUUUAGUCUUUCAUCUCUGUUAUCCAUUGGCUUCCGACGGCGUGGUGAUGACGUCGCAUAUAAGUAUCUCAAAGAAGCAGUGGAUGCCAAACAGCGGUUAAACCAACCGUAUGACGAACAGUUUCAACUCUCAAAACUUCACGUCCUAUUUGAGGAGACAGUGCGCUGCCACAUAGAAUGUGGCCCUCUGAAAUGCCCAAUCACCAAACAACGGAGAGUCGAAGAGAAAAUGGAAUCUCUCCGCCUAGAACUACAAAUAUUUGAACGAGUACAUGGUCCCAGCACCAACGCUAACAUACACACUGCCCCUGUACGUCUUCUACUAUCAUCACUCAGAGUGCAUAUCGCUCUUCUACCUUUCCGAAUUCUCGAUCCUAGACCGAGCACCAUACCCAACUUCGAAGGCUUAGUCGAUCAAGGCACCUCCUGCGCAACUGAAAUCCGGUUAUUUUUUGAGUACUUCCUUUGUAUCCCACCGGAUCAAUACAUAUUCUUCUCUGUUCGAGAUUGGUGCCAACUAAUCCUUGCCAUCAGCGCAGCCUCCGACAUCUGUUUUCUAUCUCUUGCUUCUAUGAGCCUUAUAUGGACCGACUUCCAAAUCAAGACACGAUCAGGCAUAUUGAUCUAUCUCGAGAGUCUUUCUCAUAGAAUGUCGAGACUUUCCGUCGCAAAGGCUGGAGAGACCCCUGAUGUAUUUUUUAUGUUUAAGUCGGUGUUGGAUAUCGUACUGUCCACAUAUGCUCCGACCAGCGGGGACUCUUCAUCCCUAGCGCCAACAAGCCGUAGGGGAAACGCUCUUGAGAGAGAGGAAACUGGCCGGGAUGUGGCUGCUACUUCGUCCACACCUUCGACCCGCUGCCCCAUGGUGAACGGGAGUAUCCGAGAGUCAGAAUUCUGGGAGGCCAUGAAACAGAGUGAUCUGUACCUAGAAGGGUUGGCGAGCGGGGUGAACGGUGAGGAUGUGUACACAUCGGGAGUAGAUAGUUUGAUAGCUGAUUGUGGGGAUUGGCCGAGCAUCUUUUCAGAAUGGGUCAACGUGUCAGUAAAUUGA